UCAAGGGGCUGGGCCCAAAGUGGAGAAAUGGCGAGAAUGGUUAACGAGAACGGCUGUGGAGGGGAAACACAAAGUCCAGAGCCACAGGGACCGGGUCGGGGUACGGCUAGAUGGGGUCCACAACACGCCGGUGCCCGAGAACUGGCCAAUUUGUACUCACCAGGCAAAAGAUGUCAAGAAUGGAUAAGCGUUAUCCUCUGCUUCUCUCUCAUGGCCUUCAAUUUCAUUCACCUCCUUGCCAAUUUCCAUCUGGGACACGUGUGGUUCAUCCUGUUGAGCAUUGUGGCAGGAAUUCUGACCGCAGACUUUGCCUCCGGACUUGUGCACUGGGGGGCUGAUACGUGGGGGUCAGUGGAUCUACCCAUCUUCGGAAAGGCUUUUAUACGACCAUUUAGAGAGCACCACAUCGACCCCACAGCCAUCACCCGUCACGAUUUCAUUGAGACCAAUGGUGACAACUGCAUGCUGACCAUAGUCCCUCUAGCAAACAUGGCCUUCAACUUCCUCACCCUCUCCCCUGCGGAGAUUUAUCAUAACUACCCCUGGUACUGCUACUUGUUUGCACUAGCCAUCUUUGUGACGCUUACCAACCAGAUUCACAAGUGGUCUCACACGUACUUCGGCCUGCCUCGCUGGGUGACGCUCCUGCAGGACUGUCACAUCAUCCUUCCUCGCAAGCACCACCGCGUCCACCACGUCUCUCCUCAUGAGACAUACUUCUGCAUCACUACAGGCGUUCAAGUCCCUCGCAAUUUCCGGCUCCUGGAAGAGCUGGAGGAAGGCCAGAAAGGAGUAGGAGAUGGAACAGUGAGCUGGGGUCUAGAGGAUGACGAGGAUAUGACCUUAACACGAUGGAGGGGAGUGAUCCUUGGUCCGCCAAGGACGAGUUACGAAAACAGGAUGUACAAUCUGAAGGUUGAAUGUGGGCCAGAAUACCCAGAGUCACCUCCGUUUGUCAAAUUUGUGACAAAGAUAAACUUGAAUGGCGUGCACACCUCCAACGGUGUGGUUGACAUGCAUGCGGUGACUGCGCUGGCCAAGUGGCAGAACUCCUACAGUAUCCAGAUGGUGCUGCUGGAGCUGCGACGGCUCAUGACCUGCAAGGAAAACAUGAAGCUCCCUCAGCCACCCGAGGGCCAGAUCUACUCCAACUGAGUCCCUGCUACUUUUGCCUCCAUCUUUUUCUCUCUCCCCUCCCUCACUCCCUCCUCCCCUCCCUCAAACUCUUCUGUUUUCCCCUCUAUCCCCACCCUGAGCCAUGUGACAUUCCACCUCCUGCAGACACCCCGGCUGAGCACACACACACAGCAGACGACUUAGUAUUCAAAAAAAUAUACAUGCAAACAUACACACAGAUAUGCACAUACACACAUUUAUCUGAAAACACACUUAUUGAGCAUUCAUGACAGUCAUUCCAGGCACUGGCCCCUCCCCCCCUUCCAUCACUGGAGUUCUGGGUGGGCUUGAUGAGAUGAGGCAGGCGGAGUCCUCAGCCCACACCAGAUCUGAUCAUUCGAAUACUGUACAUGUUACUAAUCUUUUUUUAUUAUUAUUAUUUGUUAAAAAUGCAGAUUGUACAAUAACAUAAAUAAUCUUAUUGAGUGUACCUCUGUGUGUGUGUUGCCUUUUUGUAACAUUGAAAAUGGCCACUUAAAGAGAGAGCACAUCGUACACUGAACAUGUGGUUGCUGUUAGUCACGAGGAUAGUCCUCAUGUUUCUAGGUGUUGUAUGAAACCAUGAACCCAGAACACAUUCGACUUGGCUAAUUAUUUUAAAUUUGUUUGUGGCCACAUCUUUAAUGAAGUAGUUUGUUGACGUGGACUCGUACAGCACCUCUUUUUUUUUUAAAGCAGUCUCCAGUAAACGUUCAACUGACGCUUCUAAAGUUACCAGGAAGUGAGAGUCACCGUAGUCACACAUGGUUUCUUUUCUCUUGUGUAUGAGUUGUCCAAAGUGAACGUUGUAAACUGUAUCUAAACCACCUCUAUCUGAUCUGAGUAUUCAUCGUAGCAUAGAAUGCAAAUCUACUGUAGGUCUGCAGAAGCCCCAGAUAAACCGUGCUUGAAUAUAGAAGUGAAAUCAGCUACCUCUUUUGGUCCUGUGUAACGUGGGAGCAGUCAUCUGACUUGUGAAACUGUCUUUGCUACUUUGUGUGACAAUUUGUUUGACUUUCUCCACUUCUUUCAUAAAUCUAAAUUCCUG